AUGACGGCGCCGGCUGCAGCCGCGGCCCGCCCGCUGUUUCCCGAGGUGUACGUCCAGCUAAAAGCGAGAAAAAGCUUCAGUUUGAAGAAGAACUUACUUUAUUUAAUUCAUUUUCUGCAUUUUAUUUCGUAUUUCAUCUCCACUGCGGACUGCGUGCUGCUGCAGCGCCCGCGAGGCGCACCCCCAGGCCGCUCAGGUGUACAUACGCCGCAAGUGAUCGCAGCAGCAGCAGCAGCGGGAGCGGGACAGCAGCAGCAAAUUAACUCUUUCUUGUCUUUUGCAGAAGCAGCGCAGCAAACAGAACAGCAGACAGAGGCCCAAGAAGACAAAGAAAAGGAGCACAAGGAAGCUGCUGCUGCUCCUGCUGCUCCUGCUGCUGCUGCUGCAAACCCGCCAGCAGCAACAUCAGAAGCGCCGGACGCAGCAGCGGCUGAGACCGCGCCUGCUGCUGCUGCUCCGGAGAAAGCAGCAGCAGCGGAAAGCCCAGCAGCAGCAGCAGCAGCAGCACCAAGCCCAGCAGCAGCAGCAGCAAAAAGCCCAGCUCCCCCUGGGACUACCUAUGAGCAGGGCCUCCGUGAGCUGCUGCAGCACAGCAAGGAGAUAGCGGAAACCCUAAAAAAGGGUUUAGGUGCUGCUGCGGGUUUGACUGCAGCAGCAAAAAUUCAAACGGAUUUAAAGAGGGAAAUAGAAAGAGACGUGGACGCCCUGAAGGCAACGCUGCAUCAGGAACACGAGAAUCUGCUGCUGCUGCAGCAGCAGCAGCAGCAGCAGCAGCAGCUGCUGCGCUCGCAGCUAGGUCAUGUCCUUCCGGUGUACAUGCGGGUGCAAACCCCACAGGCAGCAGAAAGUAUAAAAGAAAAUGUUAAUAUAAGCAAUAGCAGCCAGCAGCAGCUCACUUCGGGUGCUGCUGCUGCUGCUGCUGCUGCUGCUGCAGCUGCUGCUGCUGCUGCGUCUUUCUCUUUCUUCUUUUUGCUCUUCUAA